AUGCCUCCGAAGGCGGCCAACAAUCGCCAGCCGGCCUCGCAAGAGACCAGAAACUCGGGGUCGCCUGCCGCCCGACCCUCCGAGGCAGCCUCCGAUGCCCUGAGACACUCCGUGCCCGCGCGAGCUACGCCCACAGCUCGGGGCGGCCCCGUGCAGCGCCUCCAGACUCUCAAAAAGCGCACGCCGUCGGGGAGCCUGGUACCUCUGAACCCAGAUGGAACCGCCCCCAAGCCAACGCUGAGGUACCAACCGAAAGCCGUUGCGCGCCGCAGUAAAGAAGAGCGAGACGCCCGAGAACAGCUGGAGGCGGAGAGGCAAAGGGAGCGCAUUGCGGACGCCGUUGCGACCCGACGGGCGACGGAGCGAAGUGAUCGUGGACGGGGGAGAGGCCGCGGGCGCGGUGGUGCCUUUGGCCGGGUGACUUCGGACGUUGGGGGCCCGCUGGGCUCUGGGAAGAGUAGCAGAACGAACGGCAAAUACCGCCAGUUCGGCGGCAAGCACUCGAGGAUUGAAGGGUUUGGGGAUGCUGAGCGAGCGGAUGUUUCGUCUGAUGAGGAGAGUGACCAUGGGCCGAAAUUCAGUAUUGAUCAGAUUAACAUCCACACGGACUCGGAGAGCGAGACCGGCGAGCCUGAUAAGGGGAAAGCGCCGGCAGCAGCGGCAGGGCCAGCGUCGGCGGGAGCUCGGGGAUUGCGGCCGAUCCGUGUGGAAAGGAUGGAGCAUGUGGACCGCAAUUUGGACAUGAAUACUGAGGAGAGCUCGAGCAAGUCAGCGGAGCUGAGGCGACAGGCAAAGCAGAAGAGCGGCAAGGGUGACAGUUUGUUUGUCGAAUCGGAUGAGGAAGAGGCUGCCGCGGGGGCUGAUGACGUUCAGAUGGCCGAUGAGGACCAGCACGUACAGAUCAAGGACGAGCCCACGGAUGCUGAUUCGAGAAUACCGGGCGACAUUCCAACGACUACGGACACCCCAGCGGAUGAUGCCGGGCCCAAAAAGCCGCAAAGAAGCCGCAAACAAGCCGCCACCAAGAACCCACGAAGUAAACUGAAGACAGAAGAGGAACGGCGCGAAUACGACCAGCACGAGCAGGACGUUGAAGAGUUAAAGCAGGCAUUGGGGAACAUUCACACGGCUGAUGUGGUAGCAAACAAUGAAGGCGACGAGGAGAGCAUCGCCAAAGUCGAAGCCAUCAAGGAUGAGCGGCAGGGCCGGCUCUUCCUACUACAGUUCCCUCCGCUAACGCCCAACCUCAUUGUUCCCUCCACUGAGCCCAACAAUCCAGACGAAGCAAUGGUAGUAGAGGGGGCGUCCACACACACGCAGGAGGCAAUUACCAUUAAGCAUGAAAACGGCACGACUAGUAGUAGUAUUACCCUCAACGAAUCCACGAACCUGCCUAUCCCCAGCAAAUCUGCGUCUGCCGCUCCUCUGAUCACGGCCGAGAAUAACCACCUCCCGCCGGGUCGCGUGGGCAAGCUGCAAAUCCACCGGUCGGGGCGGGCAACUGUGGAUUGGGGUGGCAUCACCUUUGAAUUGAACAAAGGUAGUGAUGUGGAUUUUCUGCAGGACGCCGUGGUGGCUUCGGAUUCGACGCCCGGCGAGACUGGCGCGGCGGACCGACGAAUAUGGGCGAUGUCGCAGGUCAGUGGGAAGUUUGUGGUGACGCCUGACUGGGACAGAUUACUGGGAGAGUAA